AUGAGCCCCAGCGGUCUAGGGUGGAUCAUUGUCGACAGCCUAGAUACAUUGAUGAUUAUGAACCUGACCAUGCGGCUUUCCGACGCCCGGAAAUGGCUUCACCGUGGCUUGACUUAUAAUCAAGGUCAGGGUGUAAACACUUUUACGAUGACCAUCCGCAUGCUUGGAGGACUCCUGUCUGCCCAUUACUUGUCUAAUGUGCUUCCGGACGUUUCCUCCCGUCGAGACUAUGUAUAUCUGUCCAGAGCUGUCGAUGUAGCAGAUCGGCUGCUUGGUGCAUAUGGCUCCACGUCAGGGAUUUCAUAUGCGAGCGUUAAUGUUGGGACCCGGGAAGGGCUUCCCUCUCAUGCAGAUGGAGGUGCUUCAUCCACGGCUGAAGCCACCACACUCCAAUUGGAGAUGAAGUAUCUAGCCCAUCUCACCGGGAAAGUGGAUGGCCUUCUCCCGAUCUUUGUGCACCCGGAUACUGGACACUUCAGGUCCAAGGAAAUUCGUCUUGGGAGUCGCGGGGAUUCAUACUAUGAAUAUUUAAUCAAACAAUAUUUCCAGACUUCUGGACAGGAGCCAGUCUACCGUGAGAUGUGCGAAAAGGCAUUGUCCGGGAUACAAAAGCAUUUAGUGACCUCUACAAAGCAUUCAAAGCCGCAGUUUAUUGCCGAGUUGCCACAUGGCAUAGCUGGGCCAUUAUCCCCUAAGAUGGAUCAUCCUGUUUGCUUCCUACCAGGCUCCAUCGCGAUCGGCGCGACUGAAGGGCUAACUGAGAAGGAGGCGCGAAAUAUGCCGGGCUGGAAUUCUCAGAAAGAGCAACAGAUGCAACUGGCACGGGAGCUUAUGAAAACAUGUUGGACGGUGUAUGCAGUCACGGCCUCUGGUAUAUCUCCAGAGAUUGCCUGGUUUGAGAUCGACGAAGUCUCCUCCUGGGAGCAAGACCUGAACAUCAAACCUCUGGAUGCACAUAACCUGCAGCGACCAGAAACCGUUGAGAGUCUUUUCUGGAUGUACCGUGUCACCAACGACCCCAUCUACCGAAAGUAG